AUGGUGCUGUCUGGAAGCGGGAGCGGAGGGAACUUGACGACAAAGAAACCGAGACGGAGAGUUGCGAGUAUGGCCCAGAGAAGAGCAGCAAACAUCAGAGAGAGACGACGAAUGUUUAACUUGAACGAGGCUUUCGAUCGACUUCGCCGCAAGGUUCCGACGUUUGCAUACGAGAAGCGGUUGUCUCGAAUCGAGACGCUGCGGUUGGCCAUCACCUACAUUGCGUUCAUGACGGAACUUCUGACAGGCAAAGACAUCCGGAAGGAUGCCUUGGGAACCGUCUUUCCCAAUUUCAACUACGGGAAACAAUCCAUGAGGAAUUACCAACGAGAAUGCCGACCUUAUCUUCCAUUCAAUGUCAUUGGCUUCUGUCACAUUUUCAACGACCUGUUGCAAGACAUCACCAUCUGUUGCCUCCAUCUUGACGACGUGUAA